CGGCCCGGGAAGCAACCACCGGAAGUGCCCACCCUGAGAGGUGGAGUCUGGGCGGCGGCGGCGGUUGCCAGGAGCCCGCGUUGCCGCCUGAGACCCGUAAUAUGGCGGGGAGGAGGAGGAGGCGGCGGCGGUGGACCGAGCUGCUCUCUGUCAGUACCAGUUGAGCCAUUUGCUUCCUGACAAGGCCUGUGGUGAGGGGAGGAAAGCUGACCCAGCCGUAGGAGAUCAGUUUCUUGAAUCCUCACAGGAUCUCUUUGAGACAGAUGAGAUUAUCCCUAUUUUACAGAUGAGGAGACUGAGGCAUAGAGAUGUGCUACUGAGUGCUGGCGCUGUUCCUGUGUCAUGGGGAUUCAGUGGUGAGCAAGAGUGAGAAAGCACCUGUGCUUAUGGAGCUCGUGUUUCACUGGAGAAAGGCAGACAAAAACCAAGGCAACAAACAAGAUAAUUUCAGAUAGUGUGUGGUCGUGGGAAGAUGGAGGAAUAUGAGAAGUUCUGUGAGAAGAGUCUUGCCAGAAUCCAAGAAGCAUCACUGUCCACUGAGAGCUUUUUACCUGUCCAGUCUGAAAGCAUCUCACUUAUUCGCUUCCAUGGAGUGGCUGUGCUUUCUCCACUGCUUAACAUUGAGAAAAGGAAGGAAAUGCAACAAGAAAAGCAGAAAGCACUUGACGUAGAAGCAAGAAAGCAGGUUAAUAGGAAGAAAGCUUUACUGACUCGUGUCCAGGAGAUUCUUGAAAAUGUUCAGGUUAGAAAAGCACCUCAUACCAGUGAUUUUGAUCAGUGGGAGACAGAAACAGUUUACUCUCAUUCAGAAGUCACAAACUUGAAUGUUCCUGCUACAUUUCCAAAUAUCUUGCCAAGCCCUGCUGAACACUCCACUUUAGCAAAGUUUGAAAAGAUAACUGGACUUUUACCAUUGACUAAUGAGGACCAGUUUCAAUCCAAUGGGAUAGACCUAGCUAGGAACUCAGAAGAACUCAAUUCUCUGAAGCAAUGUGACUGUUCCAAUAUUAGCCACACAGAAAACGAAGCUUCUCUGAAGACCUCCUCAGUAACCCCGCAAGAGACUCUUACUUCUGAUGGUCUGUUCUCAACACAUGAAAAACAGGAACCGUCCCUUUUGGAAGAAGUUCCUGCAGAUCCCUACAUCAUGAGUCUUCAGAGCCUGAUGAAAAAGUCAAAGGAAUAUAUAGAAAGAGAACAAUCGAGACGCAGUCUGAGAAGUAGUGCAAAGAGGAGUAUUAAUGAGAGCCAUUCCGACAAAGAAAAUGAUGUCAUGGUGACUGGCUGUGUAAAGGAGAAAACCCAGCUGAUCGGCAAACACUGCGGUUCCAUCAUUCCUGACAAGCCCAGCCUUAAUAAGUCAAACGUUCUUCUCCAAGGUGCUUCCACUCAAGCAAGCAGUGUGAAUCCAUCAGUCUUAGGUAGCUUUUCUAAAGCAGACAUACCUAUAGGAAACGGCCAUCCCGCUGUUUCAGAUCCUGAUUCUGAUUUUAAAGUCAUUCCCACUUUUGUUACUGAAAAUAAUGUUAUCAAAAGUCUUACUGGUUCAUAUGCCAAAUUACCAAGUCCAGAGCCCAGCCUGAGUCCUAAAAUGCAUCGAAGGCGUUCUAGGCCAUCAUCAGUGUGUCAUAUACUUAUAAAUAACCCGAUAAAUGCCUGUGAAUUGAGUCCUAAAGGAAAAGAACAGACAGUAGACUUAAUUGUCCAAGAUACUGAUGAAAAAACAAACAUCCCUGAAACUGUGCCAAAGUUACCGAUCGAUUUAACAGACGUUUGUUCAAGCAAGGUUUAUGUCAGCAAAAAUACACCAGAAGCCGUACAGGAAAUGGUUUUAGGUAAAUCAGAUCAGGUAUGUCAGUCUUCAGGAGAUCACAUAGAAAAUAAAGUCAUUCAUGGACUUGCUGUCGUGGAAGGUCAGUUAGCAUGUGAUGGAAAAAGACCACACAAAUUGGACAGUCUGUGUCCUCCAAUGCCAAGAUUGCAUGAGCCCUAUGCCACCGGUCCGUGCAUAGCGAGUCCAAACUUUGGAACCACAAGUGGACUCAAGUCAGCCAGCGUGUUAGAGAAAAACUCCUGCAAUUUACAAAUGGAACUGAAUAAGUCUUAUGAUGUCAAGAACCCGUCUCCUUUACUGAUGCAAAACCAGAAUGCCAGGCAGCCGAUCGACACCCCUAUAGUGGCCUGUGCAAAUGAACACUUUUUGGACGACAGUUUUGAGAACGUGAAACGGAGACUUGAUUUGGAUGUUGACGGUUUGCAAAAAGAAAACUGCCCUUAUGCCAUAACUCCUGGAAUAGCUGAACAGGAAAGGCAACAUUUGCCAGACAAAAGAUACCCUAAGGGAUCUGUCUGCGUCAGCAAGAAUCAAAUAUUAGAAAGUAGCUCCAAAGAAGGUGAGGAGACAGUAAAAAGCAAGAUGUUAGCUCUUGAAGAAAUGCGGAAGAGACUAGAAGAACAGCACGCCCAGCAGUUAUCACUUCUCAUAGCUGAGCAGGAGCGGGAGCAGGAAAGAUUGCAGAAGGAAAUAGAAGAACAGGAGAAAAUGUUCAAAGAGAAGAAGGCGACUGCCGCGGAAGCCAAUGAAUUGGGCAUUAAUGGUGCAGAGGCCAUAGAAUGGAGAAGAGUAAGUGACUCCGGUGUGCUGGAAGCGAUGCUGUCUCACGUGGACUCUCUCCACACGUCACAUUCUCACAGUUCUGCUUCCACAAAUUCUGCCCUACAACAUAGCUUUGGUUCUGUAAGUGAAGCACCAUUCUACCUCUGGGGACCAUCAACUAGUGGCUUGACCAAACUCUUAGUCACAAGGCCUUUUGGAAGGGCCACAACUAAAUGGUCGCAGGUUUUCAGUCCAGAAGUACAAGCAAAGUUUAAUAAAAUAACUGCUGUGGCAAAAGGAUUUCUUACUCGUAGGCUUAUGCAGACAGAUAAACUGAAGCAACUUCGACAAACUGUAAAAGACACUAUGGAAUUCCUCAGAAGUUUUCAGUCUGAAGCACCGUUAAAGAGGGGGGCUGUUUCUGCACAGGAUGCUUCUCUUCAGGACAGAGUGUUGGCUCAGUUGCGAGCUGCCCUCUAUGGUAUUCAUGACAUAUUCUUUGUGAUGGAUGCAGCUGAAAGAAUGUCUAUUCUACAUCAUGAUCGAGAAGCUCGCAAAGAGAAAAUGCUCAGGCAAAUGGAUAAAAUGAAGAGUCCACGAGUGGCUCUUUCAGCUGCGACACAGAAGUCUCUUGACAGGAAGAAGUACAUGAAAGCUGCUGAAAUGGGAAUGCCAAAUAAGAAAUUUCUGGUUAAACAAAAUCCUUCUGAAACAAGAGUCCUUCAGCCAAACCAAGGACAGAAUGCCCCUGUUCCCAGGCUGCUAAGUAGGCAAGGAAGCCCUAAGACAGCAGUGAAGGGGGUUGUGCAAAAUAGACAGAAGUCUUCACAGAGCAGAAUGCCUAACAGAGCGCCUGUGUCAGGAGUAUAUGCAGGAAAAAUCCAAAGAAAGCGGCCAAAUGUUGCGACAAUUUAAGAAGACAACAUUCAUUAGGAUAAGAAAGGGGGGAAGGUUCCAUCCAUCUUACUGUCCUUGCCCACGAUGUUUUCUUUAGCCCUGGACUCUGUUUACACACAUGAAGUGGUUUGGGAGGGCUGAGCAAUUAUCUGGACGGUUUGGUCAGUCUGGCCAGUCUGUUCCCGCCCCCCCCCCCCAUUCCUCGUAAUAUUAGGUUUGCGUGAGGACUAAUUAGUAUUUAGUUAAUUGGCUCAGCUCUGUGCUGAACCUGUACAAACAUAUGUUUGUUUUAUCUACCCAGAUGUCUGCUGAGAACCUUUUUCCAAACUUAAAAGGAUAUUUGGGUUUAUUUCCAUAAAAUACUGAUAAGGUGUGAUCAAUGAUAAGUUCUGAAAUAUCGAUUCCAUUCAUCUCUGCUGACUGAUUGCAAAUUACUGUUCUGUUCAAGGGGGAGAUUAUUGCAGAAGAACGUUUUCCCCUGGUUUUGUAAGAAAACUCUGAUUAAUCUCUCAGGCUUGGGCUAACAGGACAACCACAUGGGCUAAAACACUUGCCUGCUGAUUGCGGUCCAUCUACCAUUUACCUCCGAAGCAGCUGGGUCUCACCGUUUCGGUCACAAGUCCGCCUUCCUCUCAACAGCUCACUGUCUUAUGGAAGUGUGAGGUUUAAUGUACGUUCCCCCAGUCCUUCAGAAACAUUUCUACUAGCUUAUGACGUCUUCUUGUGGAGGGUGACAACUUUGGUGAAGACAGCACAAUUUUCUUGCGUGGAGUGGCAUUUAGGCAUGCAUUAUUAUUACAUUCACGUCUGUAACAGAAUGACGCGUUGCAUGCAGUUUUAUUUUCUAUUUAGUCUGUAUAUUUUGAUUCUUCAUAGUCUGCUUUUUCUAGCAUGCUUGAUUUAGGAGAGAAUAAAGGGCUACAUAAUCAUCAAUUCAAUUUUUGAAAUGAGAUAGUAAUAUUGUCUAAUUGAAAUGCAUUAAGAGGCACUAAUUUUUAAGGUUCUUUUCCCGUCAUUAACAUAUUCUUUUAAAAUACAAACCAAAAAAAUGUUACCAAGGGAACAUGAUUUUUAUGAAGGAGAAUAUCAGUUAAUUUAUCGUACCAUUUCCAAAAAGGGCUUUGUGCUUUUCACAUACAAUUGGGAUUGUGUACAUUUAAUCAAACUUGAAUUUUACAAAGAAACUGGUCUUUUGAAAAUGUAGACGAUAUAUAUUCUUAAUAUCCUUUUAAGAAUGUGGAGAUAAAGAUUAUUUUCUUUGAUUUUCUGUUCUAUUUAAAAUUUAACUUUUAUAUCCAGGUGUAGACAGAAAGUAACAACCUACUCUGGGUGUAAACUUGAUUUCCCUUAUUGAGAUGUGUCAUUUAUUGAAUGAGUGAACCAGGAAAUUAGAAGACAGUUAAAAAUGUUUGAGUUACCAAUUUGCUAUUUGUAGGCAAAGUAUAUCAAAUUAUCUUAAUAUGAUACAUUGUGCUUUAUCGUUCUGAAAACUCAGGAGACAGGUAGCUUACUCAUAUAAUUGUGGGUCUUUCCAGUAAGAUAGAUACUAAAAGUUUUAUGUACACUAAUGCAAAAUAGCUAAAACAUAUAGUAUGUUUUGGAGAAAGUUAAGACUAGUUUUAGAUUAAGGAUGAGAAACUUGAGUGUUGUUUUUUUUUUUAAUUUAAAGAUAAGAGCUUGUGUGUUUUACACAUUUUUUUAUUGUUCACAGCUUUUUCUCCUAAAAGUGCCAGACAUUGUGCUUUUAAUGGAUUUUUAUUUAUUUUUUGUUAUUUUUGUUAUUUUUACUUUGAAGUGGAAUGUCCAUUAAUGUAAAUUGUAUUUAUUUUUAUACUUUAAUUUUCACUAGUUUUGCUUCUAGGCAAAAG